GGCUCCAAGGUCCUCUCACAAUGGCGGAGACGUCACUUUUCAUCCUUCCACCCGAGAUUCGUCUGCAAAUAUGGUCCUACCUUGUUCAACCGACGACAAUAUACCCUUGCGAGUGUGCCAUGAGAGACGAACAAUGUCAAGCCCACCGCCUGGGCGCCUGCUGCCACAACACCUCGACAUACCAGCACUGUGACAACCGCAUCCUUCGAGUCAGCCGUCAGAUCUUCGACGAAGUCCAGCCGAUGGCCAAGCGAGCGGAACGAGCGCGCCUCUUUGUGCUAUGCAACAAUCUCUGCCUCGACAAUUUCUUCAAGUCACUGGACAAAAGUGACUGGAGGUGGGUCAAACAUCUGAGGGUGGAUUUGUUCGUCGGUUGGGGCAAUGACAACCAGGACGACUGGUUCCUUUGCCAGAUGCACCGCUGGGCCAGGAGAUAUGUGGCCGGCACCUUGAACAAGUAUGAUCAUGGGCGGGAGGUAUCGAUCCAGCCGGCCGAAGAGGCCAGGGAGGACAAGAAUGGGAGGAGGACUCUGACUGUCGACAUCUACCUCUCAUGACACCCACAGGAUCUGGGCUGCCACUAUCCGGUGAGGGAGGGAGAUGUGGCAGGCUGUGGCCGAUGGUAGAUGCUGCUUACGCCUGGAUCUGGGUGGAACACCCGAAUAGCGCCGUGAGCUUCCGUGGCUCUUCGGUUACACCAUCGUAUCAGCCGCCCAACAGUUUUCGCCGCUCCAUUCUGGGCUGAUGGCAUGGAUCGGUCUGAGGAGGACGACGACAUCGGCGCGCGAUAAGCACGAACCUUGGUGUGUCAGCGAAAUGGCCCGGCAAAGAUAAAAGGCGCAGGCGAGGGCGCGGGAUCUCUUGGCAUUUCAUGCACGUGACCGAGCGCA